CGCCCCCUCCGCGCUCUCCUGUUGAAGUUGUUAUUGUUUAUGUCAGACUCUUGAUCGAGGAAGUGAUAAAAAACACGACCACUGUCAGCCCGCAGCUUUUCAGGGACGUUAUGAGAUAUAGGAUCAUUGCCCCGAAACAUAUGUUAACACGGGGGUUCAUAAAUUCAUGGAGCUGCGCAGCGGCACACAGGGGACAAUAAGGAGCCUCCGGCGGGGCUGCAAGCGAGCCGAGCCGCCCAGCGCACACAUGAGGCGGGAUGUGGGUAAAGUUCUGCGGCCGCUGCCCGUGGAGACCAACGAUGAAGAUGAGGAGCUCAUGGAGGAACGGGACUGUUUCUCCACGGGCUUCCUCAGGCAUGACAUUCUCCAUCCCGCGAUGUUCUUCAAGACGCCUCGGUACAGCUUGAUCCGGGAGGUGGGUCGCGGGAGCUACGGUGUGGUGUACGAGGCCGUCGCCCGCAGGUCCGGAGCCCGCGUGGCCGUGAAGAAGCUCCGCUGCGACGCGCCCGAGAAAGUGGAGCUGGCGCUGGCCGAGUUCUGGGCCCUGGCGAGCCUGGAGAAGAAGCACGAGAAUGUGGUGCAGCUGGAGGAGUGCGUGCUGCAAAGAAACGGCAUGGCACAGAAAAUGAGCCAUGGGAACAAACGAAACAAGCAGUAUUUGAGAUUAGUGGAAACUUCACUGAAAGGUGAGCGUAUCUUGGGCUGCCCAGAGGAAUCGUGUUAUCUUUGGUUUGUUAUGGAGUUCUGUGACGGCGGGGACCUCAACCAGUACAUCCUCUCGCGGCGGCCUGACCCACGGACCAACCGUAGUUUCAUGAAGCAGAUGACCAGCGCUGUGGCCUUCCUCCAUAAGAACAACAUCGUGCACCGGGACCUCAAACCAGACAACAUUCUCAUCUCGCAGAAAUCCGGCAGUCCGGUCAUCAAGGUCGCCGACUUCGGCCUCAGCAAGGUUUGCGCGGGGCUCAGCUGCAUGGAGAGCGAAGCCGACAACCAGGUUAACAAAAACAUGGUGAACAUUAACAAAUUCUGGCUGUCGUCAGCGUGCGGCUCGGACUUCUACAUGGCUCCGGAGGUGUGGGAGGGACACUACACCGCCAAGGCGGACAUUUUUGCACUCGGCAUCAUCAUUUGGGCCAUGAUCGAACGGAUCACGUUUAUCGACGCCGAGUCCAAGCGAGAGCUCCUCGGCACAUAUGUUCGCCAGGGAACCGAGAUCGUCCCGGUGGGUGAGGCCUUGCUGGAGAACCCGAAGAUGGUCCUGAACAUCCCACAGAAGACGCGGAGCAUCAUGUCUGAAGGCGUGAAGCGGCUUCUGCAGGACAUGUUGGCGGUCAACCCACAGGACCGACCCGACGCCUUUCAGUUGGAGGUUAGAAUGGACCACGUCACAUGUGCGGCGUAAGCCAACCCGAUUGGCCGAAACAAGCACGCAACUUUCAGGUUUGCAGAGUAGGAUUGUAAACCGAUGGAAAUGGAAAAGGGACAGCGGAUCCUGGAACUGUGAAUUUCGUUUUGUGACCGCUUCCAAAGAGCAGAAGUGAAAUCAAAUGACUUGACACCUAUAUUUAAGACCCCUCAUAAGGAAAUGCUAUGCAGGGUUUUUUUUUUAUUAUUAUUAUUAUUAACACGCUUUUUCUACUUCGGUGUGUUGGAUUCCUGAUGCAAGUCUUCCAAACUGACCAUGUGUUUCUCCUGCUCAGAUCUCACCAGCAAUGAUUUCACGUCCCUCUCGUUCUCUGCUGUGACUGUGCUGUUGUUUUGGACCAGUCCUCAAAAAAACAUUUCCGGUCUGCAUCUCUUACCAGACAGUAUAGAUGUAAAUAGGUAGAUGUAGACAAUGCAGCAGUAGGAUCGAUCGAAUGUUGUUGAAUGCUGUAGAAUAUUCACAGAAAAACAGAGAAGGAAGUUAUUAUAAAGCUCACGGCCGUGAAGACAUUCUGUGAAUGGUAUAAUGUGAAUGACUGUCUCUCCUGUAGGUCUGAAUGUUUCUGACCCGAACAACAGCACCUCGUAAAAAAAAAAAUCACCUUUGUGCCUUACUUUUACAUUUUUGUGUUUGGAUUAGUUCUUGUUAUUAUUUAAUUUUUUUUAUUCUCCUUUUUUUUUUUAUUCUUUUUUUAAAUUUUGUUUUAUUCAAAAUGUCACCAUUUUAGUUUAAAAUUAUAGUUCUCUUAAAGUAUUUGCAACAAAACUAUAUAUAUAUA